UGCCCUUGGGUCGGGGCCAAAGCCAGCUCCGGCUGCCAUGUUCCCGACCCACCGCAGUGGUCAGCCCUUCCCACCCAGAGGGAGGCCCGGAGGCUGCCACCACCAGGACAGCAGCGCGAGCAGGGAAAAGACGCUGGGCUGCAGGCAAGAUGCCCCAGUGCCGGGAGCCCCGAGAGUCCCAGAGGGACGGGGCCUGGAGCUGGGGCCAUCGGCCUCCGGAGGGCAGGGAAUUCCAGCCACACCCAGUCCAGCCCCACUCAGCUGCCCCCAGGGAGGCCCUGCUGGCGGUGCCCACCCACCGCCUCGGAGCUGGACGGCCUCUCCCCUGCCCUGCGGUCGGCCAACGCUCCCUCCACCUUCCUCAAGGGCAGAGUCCCCGGGGCCCGGCGUGGACUCAACUGCCCAAGUCACCUGGCUCGACACCGGCUGCCGGGAAGGUGGUUGGGGUGGCCCAGGUGGCCCUGCCUGUGGAGGGGUCGGAAGGGGUCUCUCCACGAGGCCCAGGUGCCCGCCUGUGCCAGGCUGCCGGGCGGCUGUGGGCUGGGGAGUCAGGCCCGCCCUGCCCUCUGCCCUCUGCCCCCAGCCCUGCCACAUGUCAGCUGCGUCACACAGGCAAAGAGCUGGGCCUGAGGGCGAUGCACGGUGUGGCCCCGAGACCUCGGGGAGAGGAAGAGGAGGGAGAGGAGGCUCCUGGAGGCCCCCCUCGUGCCCCCACGCACCGGCUGCUCGCACUCGGUGUCCGCAGCCCCCGGCCCCCACAGGCCGCAGGGAUGCUCGCUGGAGGCUGGCACCCUGCAGAGGGUGUCCUGCCCCGAGGUCUGGGGGUGGCAGAGCCCCGCAGGAAAGCGCGUGGGGCCAGACCCCAAGGCAGGCCGGAGCCCACACGCCGCCACCUCUCCACAGUGUUAGGGUCGCAGUGCAGUAUGUACUUAAUCACACUAAAUUAUUCUUGAGAUGCCUCCUAAGCACUAAUUAUACCUGAUUAUAGGCUAAACUAUUUAUUUUGUCCAAAAUAUUUUCUUAGGGAUGUGUUUAACCUUUUUUGUGUUCAUUGUGUGCUGAGAUGUGAAGACGGACUUUUGUGGCCAGUGGGCGGCAGUGGACGCCAGGACGUCCAAGCGGGCGUGUUUGGGCCCGUGGCUGGCUGGGAGGGUGGUGCCCCCACUGGGCAGGAGAGGGGCUGGUUGCUGAGCAGCGUGAGUGGGACGGGGUCCCAGAGCCGAAAGGGCUUGUCGCUGGCCUGAGCCAGGGGAGCAGGUGAUCGUGCGUCUGUCUUGUCUUUCUCUCGGCCCCACGGUAUCGCUUCCUGGCCCUCCGAGCUGGGAAGAGGCUCAGCGCAGUCUCCCUGGCCUGGGCCUCGGCUCACUGCCCUCCCUCCACCCACAGCGAGGGGGCCGGGGAUGUGGGGUGCUGCCACUCCCCCGGCACUGCCUCAAGGCCCCUCGCUGGGCGGCAAGGGCUCUGGGUGGCCUGGAGGCAGUGGUGCCCUCUGCCCCUCCUUCCCGGCCCUCACCCCUUCCCACCCGCCCGGCUCGGGGGCAGCAGCCUUCUCGGGGUUAGCAGGAGCCCCUGUGCCUGGCGAAGGUGUUCCCGGCUGGAGAUGCUCCCGCGGGCCCUGCCGGCCUCUCCCCAGGGCCCUCCUCCAGCCCCUCCUGGCCUGGGGGGCCGAGCCUGGCUCCCCCGCAGCCGCACGCCCUUGGGAACCGCUGUCAGCUCCACGGCCUCCCCGCCGCUUCUCGCGUGGGCAGGACCGGGCCCUCCUGGAGACGGGUGCAUGUUUAUUUCCUCAAGUUGGCCCUCGGUUUGUGGGGGCUCCCAGGACUGUGCUGAAGGGGGACUUGCUGGACACUCGGGAGCCGGGUCUCGCGUCGCCAUCGCCUGCGUCAGGGUGGAGCUGGCCCUGGGGGCCGGGCAGUGCCCGGGAGGCCUCAAGUGACACCGAGCGUCCACCCCCUGCCGGCUCCCCCUCCAGGCAUCAUCUCCCCUUCAGGUCCUUGCAUGUGAAAUCCUCCACAGUAAACGAAUCAAACAAG